AAAAGAUGCAUGGCGCACUAACGCGGGUGAAGUACUAUCAGCAAAAGUAUAUUGGAGUUAGAGCGAUGUACAUCCAGUUUUGUAAGGAACCGGACAACAACUUGGCGUUGAGCAAAUGCGUCCUUACCAUAACCUACAUUUUCCGAUUUUUCUUACUAAUUUAUGCUGCCGGAGGUUUGGCGUAUUUCAUAAUUCCUGUGUACAUGUUGGUAGUGCAUCAAAAGGUGACCCUGAUUUUGCACCUGGAACUUCCAUUCGUGGAUCCCAGACAGUUAACCGGAUACAUCGUUACUACAAUUUAUCAGGGUGUGAUGAUAAUUUUGGCUAUUGCUGGAAUAUUGGCGGCAGACAUGGCGAUCAUGAUUUUGGUGCUACACAUUUUUGGAAUAGUGGAUAUAUUUUCCAAUAAGAUCAAAGAACUCGAUCGGAUGGUGGAUUGUGCGAAUGUCAACCAUGAAGCUGUUCGAAGGAAGGUUACGGAGAUUUGCAUUAUUCACAGAGAAAUAAUCAAGUACGAGGAAGAUCUCGACGAAUGCUAUCAUACUACGGUAUUUAUUCAGGUGAUGUCAUCCGUGUCAUGUCUCAGUAUGGCACUGUUUGUGGUUUACAUGACCAGGGAUUGGACAAGAGUAAUGUUUAUAGGUGCUACCUUCUUCCAGUUGUUAGAGUUUUGUAUCCUCGGAACGGCAUUGACUCUCAAAAACGAUCAAGCUCGGAUUGCACUCUAUCAUUCCAAGUGGUAUCUGUUGAGCAUUUCCGAUCAGCAGCGGUUGAAAUUUGUACUGCAUAGGUCGCAGAAUGCAGUGGAAAUGACAAUAGGUGGUCUUGCCCUUUUGAACAUGGAGACAUUUGUAGCAAUCAUGAAAACAAUUUACUCUUAUUUUACCAUGAUGAUAACAUUCAUCGAAUAAGCAAGUGGACGAACACUGAGAGGAAUUUAUUACUGAUGAGGAAAUAAAUUUCCAAAGCUGGCUACUUUUUAUUCGAUAUUAGAAAUUUGAAAGUCGUUAAUAGAACUCUUGUUACUUAAAAUUAGAGAAAAUUAGUUCAAGAAGCCUUGAGCUUGUUGCAUUUAAUUUAAGCUUUUCAACGUGCUAAUUUUAUGCAUAGGUUGUUUAUUUUAUAUGUUGUUCACUGAAUAAUCAAAAAAUGUGUUCUCUUA